CUUUAUUUAGGUUCAAGGAAAAGUACCUAUCAUUUUGGUGCCGAAACCCGGGAUCUCUCCCUCCUCCGCUGUCAGGCAGAGGGAGACGCGCUGAAUCCGUGCACGGCCAGAGUCAACUGGACCUGGAAAGAAAGACCCAGGAAGCAAAUUCUUCGCUGGGCCAGCGACGCAUGUCCGACUUUGUCUGUCAACGGCGGAGAGACGAGAUCCGACUGGACAACCAGACAACUACAGAAACAGCGCGGGGCUGGUGGAACGAGCCAAUGGAACUAUAAAAAGCAGAUUACGAAAAUGCAUGGCAGAUACUGGCCGGGCCUGGCCUGAAUGCUUAGAUUUGGUGAAGCUUUAUAUGAGGAUCACCCCGACAGCUGAUGGUCUAACACCUUUUGAAAUAAUUCAUGGGAGAGCUUACAGAUUGCCUCUAUUUGCUCCCGACUUACAAAAAGCUGACGAAGAACAGACAUUAGCAGAUUAUAUGAUUAGGACCUUUAAAUUGAAGGAAGUGUCCAGUGCGAAUUUACUGCCUUCUGAUUCUCUUCCUGUACAGGAGGCCACUCCAAUCGAGCAAGGUGAUUGGGUCUACAUAAAGGUCAUCAAACGAAAGAACUGGGCGAGUCCACGGUGGGAAGGACCGUUCCAGGUGCUGAUGACCACACCAACAGCUGUAAAGAUUGCUGAAAGACCCAGCAGGAUACAUCUCAGUCACUGUAAGCUGCAGAGAGUGUUUGAUCCCUAAAGUCGGAGUAGAGAGGAAGGAGAGCUUUUUAAAAGCUCCCGGGAUAAACAGGGGGGCUACAUUAUAGUUGUAGUUCGUCUGGAACCCGGUGAAGAAACGCUAAGAUUCUCACUCCUUUAGUUUAGGGGUUCUGACAUCCCUGCACGCCGAGCAGCAAUGGAAACUCCAUAUGCCAGAUGGAUUUUCUACUGUACUGUGACUGCUGUAUGUUUGAUGUUUGGAGAAGGAAACGAGCCUGAGCUUCAUCUGCAUGACUACAGUACCAAUCUGUGGUGGAAACUGAUGAAUAGAACCGCUUAUGAGGGACAUGCUGUGAACUGCUACGUGUGUGCGCAGAUGCCGGUUUCCAUACAUAACUCAGGUCUACGACCAGGUAACAUUACUGACGACAAACAGAUGUGUCUCUAUGUUCUAAGCACCAGACCACGGCGUAUCCCACCCCUAAGAGGAGACAGACCACGUGAGGAGGACUAUUCAGUUGACCUCCGGAUGGGAGAGGCUGUGCAAAGCCUAUUUCAAUCUUUAAAUUGUUCACUCGCAGAUGAUGUACUUCCUUUUUCAUCUUCUCAACAAACUGUAUGGAAAAUACCAGAGAUCAUUUCGUUAGCAGGAGCUAAACCAGGAUCUCUAGGGAACUGUGUUUAUAAUAAUGGACAUGUUGUUCUAGGGACGGUGCCCUGGAACUUGUGUAACAGAGUUUACACCUACUGCAAACCGACACAGGAUUUCAUCACCUGCACAGCCUGCAGGGGUCAAGAGACGACUCCAUGCUGCAAAGUCUGGAAAGACAACCCGGACUGUGACAACCUGCUUCAGGAGAGGAGUUUCAACAUCACGCAUAAGACAAAGAGGAGACAGGAGACAACACUGUGUAGCGCCAUAGUGCCAGGAGAUUAUGGCUCCCGGAUGUUGGCAGACUGGUACUUCAUAUGCGGAAAUGAAGCGUACAUGUUCUUGCCGAAAAAUUGGGGAGGACUGUGUGCUGUGGUUCCUUUGAUUAACCCGAUUGCGUUCAUCAGGAAAGCCCAGAAUGAUCUACACACCCGCUCUAAACGAACAGUUACGUCAGAGGUCAAAAGAUGGGGAGGCCUCACAACACAUACUGGAGUUCCAUGGGAAUUCCGGAUUUGGAACGGGGGAGAAAAAUUCAUGCAAAGCCUUUUUCCGUGGGUUGGUCUAGGAGAGAUUCGGGACCAUGUUGAGAUAAACAGGUACGGAUUACUGCGACUAAUCAACAUCACUUACCAACUGGCCAAUGGCACUAUGAAAGAAAUGGCUGAACUGAGAAACAUGGUUAUGCAAAAUCGUGUUGUCUUGGACUUCCUCACUGCCCCUCAGGGAGGGGUCUGUAAGAUCAUUGGCCCAACGUGCUGUACUUAUGUGCCUGACGAAACAGGAACUGGAGGAACUAUUUCUGAUGCUCUAUAUGAGCUGGAAGAUUUAAAACAGUAUGUGGAGAGUGGAACACGCGGUUCACCCUCUUUUGAUCUGUUUUCAUGGCUUACUUCUGGACCAUGGUGGACCUUGCUGUUAAAACUCAUGAUGCCUGUUCUAGUUGUGUUAGUGUUGUUCUGUCUUUUUAUGGGUUGCAUUUUUCCUUGUCUACGUAAUAUGGUGUUCAAAACAAUUGACACAACUGUUAUCAAUUAUCAGCUGACAAAGGCAUCUUAUGAGACGACUGAAGAUGACUUGUUCCAAGUUUCUGACGAUUUUCUGAACAAUGAUGAAUUUCUGUAAUCAAUAAACAGCUGACUUCAUUUGCUGAAUGACUCCUACACCGAAAAUGUGAAAACAAGUGGUGUUUUGGAUGAAAGAAAAAAAAAACUGCAUUUGAUUUUUGCUGUUUCUUUUAUUUUUCAUUUAUUACAUUAUAUUCCAUUUAUCCAUUGUAUUUUCUGUUUAGGUUAGAAAAAAAACUUGCAUUUAUUGGUCUUUUUCUUCUUUUUCUUUUUCUUCUUUUUUAUGCUUAGCUUUUGCAUAAGGUUUAUACACAUAGUAAAAUGAUAAUAAGGGGGGAAUGUUAGAGAAUUUUCGGUAUUAUCAUUUUGUUAUUACUUUAGUUCAAAUUCAGUCUGUUUAACGUGUUCUUUUGCUUGUCUGUUUAUCUUCUGACCUGGAGGUCAGGAAUGUCUGUUUAUCUUCUGACCUGGAGGUCAGGAAUGUCUGUUGUUCUUUACUGGUUGAUUAGGUUACAUGUUUUAAGACCUCUGCCCCCUUUGGCUGUUUUUCUUUGACAAUAAAACAGGAGCUUGCGUGAAAGGAGAUUAGAACUCUCUCUGAACGGCUUGGAGAAGCUGUUUCGGAGACUUCUCCUUUUGCAAAAGCUUUGUCAUAAAAUUCA